GUCUUCUCAUCUUCCUGUUCCCUUCCCCCCAAGUCCUGAAACCUCCCAACUCAAACCCGGGGUUGGGUCACCCUUCUAACAAUAGGCUCAGAGACCCGAUGACAGGUAUCAAGCUGUUCGUUGUUAACGGAACAUUAUUAGAGGUUCAUCGCCUCCAAUGCAAAUCCUCAUUUUUUGCCGAAAACGGCUUACUACGAGGCCCUGCGUUUAGCGAAAGAACCGUGUGGUCAUCGCUCCGGAGGUAUCGAUGGUCGUCUAUAGAAUCGCAAAUGACGCUCAAUGUUCGGAAGUAUAUAAGUAAUCAAGUGGGGUCGUGGUGUGAAUACUCUCGCAGACCCUCAGUAUCGAAGUCAACAUGGCGGAGUCGAUGCAGGAUAUCUCUAUUGACAAUCUUCUUGGGUCCUACGUCAUUGUGUCUUGCCUUGCACUGAUAAUAUAUGGAAUUGGGGCCGCGCAAUCCUAUAUGUAUAUGUUAAACUGCGACAAAGAUCCGACUUGGCUGAAAGCGUUAGUCUCUACAGUAGCUCUGCUAGAGGCGGUACAUACUGCGUUCGUCAUUCAUAUCACCUACAACUUCACUAUCACUGGGUUUGGCAACUUGGAAGUAAUUGGGAAGGUAGCUUGGAGCCCACCGACUGCGGUCAUAGUGGAGAAUGUGAUCGUGGCCCUUGUUCAAGGAUUCUUCAUAAGCCGGAUAUGGCUCUUGAGCAGGGAAAACACGGCUAUGACGAUCGUCUUAGCGUGCCUUCUUACGAUUCGUAUCGGUUUCGGGCUCACUAUUGGAUCACUUGCGUUCGUUUAUCCAACUUGGGAAACGUUUCAUAAUGCACGCGGAGCGAUGAUCAUCUCCAACUUCACUGAUUGCCUCGGUGUCGUGGUCGACGGUGCAAUUGCUGGUUGUCUAGUGUACUAUUUCCACCGCGACUGGAGGACUGGGAGACGUUUCAAUGCGCGGAUCGACUGGGUACUUCGGUGGCUCAUGGCGUACGCCAUUAAUACCGGCGUGAUCACCAUGAUCAUUUCUAUUUGUGUCAUGGUCACAUUCGUCACUUUAAAGAUGAACUUCAUUUUCCUUGGCUUGAAUGUCCUAGCAAGCAAACUUUACGCCAAUUCGCUACUUGGAACCCUAAAUGCAAGGCGAAUGUUGCAUGCCAGGACUCUGCAAUGUGGACCCCAAUCUAUCUCAGGAACUGGCAUAUCUUCGUUAGCGUUCUCUGACCCAACCAAGACGGUACAAGUGCUACCGAGGUCCUACGUGAGGUUACGUCAGUGGGUGACGUGGAGCAACAGGUCGAACUUCAAGUGCGGGGCAGCCAGACAAUCAGCUCCGCCUGAGCAUCAUUGCUGUCAAUGAGCGUCUGAGAACGCUUAGGCUGUACCCACUAGCAUGAGGAAUCGCCGAGAGUGGAGGUCCCAUGGACAUAUAAUGCGCAUUGCUUCAUUGGUCCUCCAGUAUCGAUCUUUAUAUUAUCAUUGAUCGUCAGACUGACUUUGCGAAGCUGUUGUACAUAAGCGGACAGAUAGGUUGCGGGUGCGAGUGUACCUAGGAUUGAAAUGUGAUGAUUGUUCUCUUG